GUUUGGUGGAAACGUGAUGGCUGCCCUCCAUUUGAGAAGCAACCAGUAGAGAAAAAGCCGGUUCAAGGUGGAACCAAAAAACGUCGGCCACGAUGGAGGCUCGGAAACAAAGAACUAUCUCAAUUGUGGAAAUGGGCAGAUCAGUAUCCGAAUGCUUUAACUGAUACUCAACGUGUAUGCACUCCCUCUAUCACAGAUUACUGGAAACCUCUGGCAGAAGAUAUGGAUGAAUCUGCUGGAAUAGAAGCAGAAUACCAUCACAAAAAUAACCGGGUCUAUUGUUGGAAAGGUUUGCGGUUUUCAGCCCGGCAAGAUUUGGAGGGAUUUUCCAGAUUUACAGAGCAUGGUAUUGAGGGGGUUGUGCCUCUGGAACUUUUGCCUGAUGACGUACGGGCCAGAUAUCAAGCUAAGCCAGGUGAAAGGACUAAGCGGGCUAAGAAGGAGGAAACAAAAAUCUCAGCGCAGCAAGCAGAAGAAAAUCAGAUCGCGACAGCAGCAAGUGAGAUGGACAAUGAAGGGGGGCGAGCUGAUCCUGAAGCAUCAGUUGCUCCAAUUGACACAGACACGAGAAUUGCAACUGUUACCAUAUCUCAGGAAGAAACUCCAACUCCAGAAGAUAACCAGAAACAAAGCUCUGAUACAGAUAUUGCUCAAGAAGCAGGGCAGAUGGAAGCAGAGACGGGGAUGAUUGAUGGAGAAACAGAUGCGGAUGUUGAUCUAGAUGCUGUAGGCUAAUCCUACUUUUUUAUCAGUUCCAAGUGAAAAGAAGAACUGAUACUGAACGGUUCAUAAACAACGCAAAAACAAUGCCUUUUAGAUUUAAAGCUAACUGUCCUCUCAAUCUUUUAGCAUUAGCGAUACUCUAUUUUUACACCCUACCUCCUUUAAGUUUUCUUUAUUUAUCCUUUCCCAUGUUAUUUAGCUUAUUCUGACGAGCUUAAAACUAUACAAGUUGUUAAUUUUCAUUUUA